AUGGCUUCUAUGUCGUUCAAAUCUAUCGCGACCUUGGCCUUUGCGGUCUCGCAACCGGCCCUCGGUGCCGUAUUCCCAAACGGCAUCUUCAACCGGUCAGAGAUUGAGGCCAUGCCUAUUGAAAAGCGUGGCUCCGUAGACGCCUUGCUCUGGGAAGCGGCUGAGAUCCCCUAUAUUCUGGAGGGCCUCCCCCACGAUCUGUCAGGCUCGAUUCGCGAUGCCAUGAGGGAGUGGGAGCAGUCCUCCUGCAUCCGCUUCGUGCCUAAGACCACGCAAUCCGCCUGGGCAAACUUCAAAAAGUACGAUGACGGGUGCUUCGUCCGUGGAUUGGGCUCUCCUGGUUCGGGGGAGAGAAUCGUCAACCUCGAUUACCCCAACGCCUGGGAGAGGAUCGUCUCUUUCGGCAAUUAUAAGGCUUGUCUCGAAGCCGGUACGCCUGCCCAUGAGCUCGGGCACCUUAUUGGACUCAUUCACGAACAUCAACGUCCCGACCGCGACCAAUUCAUCCGUGUCUUGACGGAUCGUAUCCAGGAUGACCAGCAGGAUCAGUUCACCAUUGACAAAACCGGAGACAUCCACGUGCCCUUCGAUUACAAUUCCGUCAUGCUCUACGACACCAAGGCCUUCGCAAAGACGAAUGCGUUGACCCCGAUCGUCGGAGACGUGAGUGUCAAGCACACCAUGGAGACGAUCACGGACAAGGAGAUUGACCCUUGGAACUCUCCUACCGCCAACGACUUCAAGGCCGUCAAUGACGCUUACAAAUGCGAAGAAUACUACACGCGCGUGAUUCCUCAGUGCCUGGCUGGAACCAUUCCAGCCAACGGAGACUACUCAACCUAUAGCUUCAUCCUUGACAAGUACACCGAGGCAUACAUGAGUGCCAACGGCUACACCCACGUCGCGGUGCACCAGAACUGUCGCUCCAACGCGAUUGACAUGGACACGGACAACUGGGGCUUUACGCCCCUGAAUGGCUGGGGACCCCGCGCCCAAUACACGGUUACCACCGACCGCUGCAAGAAAGAUCACGACCGCCACGCCAGCCGCUACGAGGUUGCUCUCUGCAAAGGCGACAACGAGGACGCUUGCGACAUCAAGUGUGGUCUGCGCCGCGUCUGCCCUUUUGAUGGUAGCGGCAAUCAGGUCGAUAGCAAGGCAAUUGGCAUCGUGGACCCCAAUCUUUGGAUUUGCCAUCCCCACUAA